CAAAAGCUUUAAAAUCCAGUGGUUUAGUCUGCCUCCCUGUAGUACCACCUCCUGUAAUCCUACAGGAGUCGCUGCUCUUCAACAAAUGCCUCCGAGCAACAGUGCGUCUUCAUUGUAUAGAAUCUGGCUUCUGCCUUUUUCCUCAACUUUUUUUUUCCACCACUCAGACUGCUGCUGUUAUUUCGGCAAAGAGAAAGGAAGUAGCGACAGGCUAGCUGGUUAGCCGGUCUGAAACCGCUCAGGCUGGCUGGGGAAGAAUGGACUUUUGAGCCUCUUCUUUUUUAUCCCGGAGGCUGCUCUUCUUUGUUAAGUCAACACGUAUAAGUAAGCUACAGUUUUUUCGUCGGUUGGUUUUUAUUUUCUUUCAGCAGCGGUUUCAAACCUUCAAAAAAUGACUCAACUCUGAGCUUUUUGUCUGUUCAAGGGGGACUCCGACGCUUGUUAGCCUGCGUGAUACAAAGUCAGUCUCAUCAAAAAAAAAAAAAAAAAGAAAAAAAAAGGAGCAAGAGACGGAAAAGCUGCGAGCUGACUCUCUUUUAUUAGUUUUAUCCGUCGGUUGAAUCGCAGGGAAUGCAGUUAAGGAUUACACCAAGACAAUGAGAAAAACAGCCGGGAAAGGUGCUGUGUGGUGAGAGGGAGGCAGUGGGUGCGGCAUGCUGAGGCCACUCCCCCGGGCUCAGGAUGAGUGUCAGAGAUGGCGCUGCCACCAAGGCAACGAACGCAUGUGGAGGAGGGGGGGGAGGUGGGCCAGCUAGCCCAAACGAUCACGAUGGCCGCUCAUACCUGCUCCAGAUCUACCCACGGCUGGCUACCCAGUCUGCCACCUGCUGCAAUCUUAAAGUGCAGAAGGAUGCAACAGCAGCCUCAGUGAUCUCAGAUGCUGCCUCUCAUCUGAGGCUGGACCCUGGCCGCCUGUAUGUGCUGGCAGAGGUGAAGGAAUGUGGCGGGGAAGAGUGGGUGCUGGAGGCCGGAGACCUGCCAGUCCAGAGGUUUCUGCUUUGGCCUCGAAAAGCACAGGAGCAACACCCUCAGAGCCUUGGCUUUUACUUCUUACUACAGGAGAGGAAUCAUGACGGCUCUAUCCAUUAUGUCCACCUCCCACCCCUGUCCAAGGAACAGGAGGCACAGCGGCUAGCCCAGAGGGGCUUCCUUCCCCCUCCGCAGGAUGACUUUGCAGACCUCUGCAACCUCCCCGUCCUCAACGAGGACAGCAUAUUAAACAACCUGCGCACACGCUUCUACAAGAAAAAGAUCUACACAUAUGCAGGCAGCAUCCUCAUCGCCAUCAACCCCUUCAAGUUCCUGCCCAUCUACAACCCUAAGUAUGUCAAGAUGUACGAGAACCACCAGCUGGGCAAACUGGAGCCUCAUAUCUUUGCUAUCGCAGAUGUGGCAUACUAUGCCAUGCUCAGGAAGAGGGUCAACCAGUGCAUUGUCAUCUCUGGAGAGAGUGGCUCAGGCAAGACGCAGAGUACUAACUUCCUGAUCCACUGUUUGACUGCACUCAGCCAGAAGGGCUAUGCCAGCGGCGUGGAGAGGACCAUACUGGGGGCUGGACCAGUCCUGGAGGCUUUUGGGAACGCCAAGACGGCCCACAACAACAACUCCAGCCGCUUUGGUAAAUUCAUCCAGGUUAAUUACCUGGAGAGUGGAGUGGUCAGAGGGGCCGUGGUGGAGAAGUAUCUCCUGGAGAAGUCUCGUCUGGUCUCCAGGGAGAAGAACGAGAGGAAUUACCACGUGUUUUACUAUCUGUUGUUGGGAGCUUCAGAUGAGGAAAGGAAGGAGUUUAAGUUGCUGCCGCCUGAAGAAUACUUCUACCUCAAGCAGCAAAACUUUAAGAUAGAAGACGAGGAGGAUCUGCAUCAUGACUUCGAAAGGCUGCAGCAGGCAAUGGAGAUGGUUGGCUUCCUUCCAGCCACCAAGAAACAGAUCUUUUCUGUGCUUUCGGCCAUCCUGUAUCUGGGCAACGUGACCUACAGGAGGAAGUCAACAGGCCGAGAUGAAGGGUUGGAUGUGGGGCCGCCAGAGGUCCUAGCUACUCUCUCUGACCUGCUAAAGGUCAAAGAGGAGUUGCUGGUCGAAGCGCUGACCAAGAGGAAAACAGUGACAGUCAAUGACAAGCUGAUCCUCCCCUACAGCCAAUCUGAGGCUAUCACAGCCAGAGACUCCAUGGCUAAAUCUCUGUACAGCGCCUUGUUCGACUGGAUCGUCCUACGCAUCAAUCACGCACUGCUUAACAAGAAAGACAUGGAGGAAUCUGUCCCAUGUUUGUCCAUCGGUGUCCUGGACAUUUUUGGUUUUGAGGACUUUGAGACCAACAGCUUUGAACAGUUCUGCAUCAACUACGCAAACGAGCAGCUGCAGUAUUACUUCAACCAUCACAUCUUCAAUCUGGAGCAGGAGGAGUACCAAGCAGAGGGAAUCACCUGGCACAACAUCGACUACACAGACAAUGUGGGCUGUAUCCAUCUCAUCAGCAAGAAGCCCACCGGCCUGCUCUACCUGCUGGAUGAGGAGAGCAGCUUUCCCCAUGCCACAGAUGAGACAUUAUUGGCCAAAUUCAAGCAGCAACACCGGGGAAACAAAUACUUUGUUCCCACACCAGUCAUGGAGCCUGCCUUCGUCAUUCGACACUUUGCUGGGAAAGUCAAAUAUCAAAUCAAGGAUUUCCGAGAGAAAAACACAGACCACAUGCGUCCAGACAUUGUGGCGUUGUUGCGGAGCAGCGACCGCGCUUAUGUUCGGCAGCUCAUUGGCAUGGACCCUGUGGCCAUGUUUCGCUGGGGCAUCCUGCGCGCUACCAUCAGAGGCAUCGCUGCUUUCAACGAGGCUGGUCGCUCUUGGGCCGCCAAGAGUUCAGGUGUUGUCCGUCCGGUCUCCAGGACUCCUUUAGGAGAGCUUCAACGGUCCAAUGCCCCAUUAGAAAGAAUGUACAAACGAGCCUCUAUGCUCGAUUUCUACUUUGAUCACUCAGAGGAGCGCCCUCUAGAGGCCUUUGAAGACAUCUUUGCUAGCUAUGAGAGUAAGAAAGACAUGCAUGAUCAGAUCAUCAGCUCCAUUAAGAACUUGCAGCUGGAUGGUGAGGACCCUCGCAAGCUGCUGCAGUCCUGGGGUCGCCUCCGUUUCCCUCGACACGUCCUCCAGAAAAACAAGAGCAUCAAACAGAGGCAGAUCAUCCCCAAGAGUUUGUUAGACUCUCGGUCUCUGAAGUUCAUUGUGAGCCUGACACUGCACGAUCGCACUACCAAGUCUCUGCUCCAUCUGCACAAGAAGAAGAAACCCCCCAGCAUCAGUGCCCAGUUCCAGACCUCUCUGACCAAACUCUUGGAAACUCUGAACAGAGCAGAGCCUUUCUUUAUUCGGUGUAUCCGCUCCAAUGCUGAGAAGAAAGAGAUGCAUCUGGAUGAGGCCUUGGUGGUUCAGCAGCUGUGUUACACAGGAAUGCUGGAAACCGUUCGCAUCAGGAGGUCAGGCUACGGAGCCAAGUACACAUUCCAGGAGUUUUUAGAGCAUUUCAGGGUUUUGCUGCCAAAGAACUCCUCUGCCUCCAGGGAGGACAUCUCAGCACUGCUUGAGAAGAAGAUGGGCCUGGACCCAACCACGUACCAGAUAGGCAAAACUAAGGUGUUCUUGAAAGAGCUGGAGCGACAGCAGCUGCAGGACUCACUGCACAAAGAUGUAAUGCGUAAGAUCAUCUUCCUUCAGCGCUGGUUCAGAGCUCGCCUGCAGAGGAAAGAGUUUCUGGACAUGAGACAGGCUGCCAUCUUGAUCCAGCGUUCAUGGCACAGGUACUGCAAAGAGCGAAGGCAACGGGCCGCCACUAUAAUCCAGGCUGUUUGGAGAGGGCACAGACAGAGAUCAGAGUUCCACCGCCAAAGACAGGGUGCCACCAAAAUACAAGCCCUGGUCAGAGGCCACUCGGCACGCAGGAGGGUCCACUCCAUACGUGAGGAGAGACAGAAAAAGGAGGAAGAGGAAAAAGAAGCUCAGAGGAGGGCUGAAGAAGAGGAAAGAAGGAGGAGGGAAGAGGAGGAGGAGGAAGCAAGGAGGAGGAUAGAAGAGGAAGAAGUAAGAAGAAAGGCAGAAGAGGAGGAAGCAAGGAGGAGAGCGGAGGAGGAGGAGGAGGCAGCCAGGAAAGCACAGGAAGCUAAGGCUGAAGCAGCAGCAGCACAGAAACAGAGAGAGGAAGAAGAGAAAAGACAAGGAAUAGAGCCUCAAACACGAGAGGAUCCAGAUAUAGAGCUGGUCACAGAGGAGACGCUGGAUGACAACCUUCCUGUCCAGGACACAGAGGAGGAGAGAGGAGAGGAGGAUGGCGAGGUUACAGCUAGCCCCCUUCCAGAGGAGGAAAAGGGCAAUUACGACGACGAGGACGACGAAUGGCUGGAAGCAGAGGAAGACUACGGUGAACCUCUAUCUCCCACGUCUGAUUUAGAAACCAACGGUACCCUGGCUGGGGCUGGACCUCAGCUGCAUGAGAAAGAAGAGGAGGAGGAUUUGGAGAACCAAACACUAGGACAGUCAAAUGAAAAACCUGAUCUGCCCUCUGAUGGGGACGCCUCAGACGCACUUACAACCACAUCUCCAGGUCAGCAGUUGGAUAAACAGGCUGCGGGCACUACCUCCACACCUUCCCGUGCUGACCAAAAGAGAGCACGACCUCAAGCUAAGGGCCAGACAUCCAGGAGUCAGGAGAAGAGAGAGCAGAGGAGACGAAGAGGGCUGGAGCACAAUCAGAGAGAGAGUGAACGAGCUGCCUCGAACACCUCCUCCUCCUCCUCCUCAGCCGUUAGCAAGGAUCAAACAUCCCCACCGAAGAGCAAAAGCCAGGAGCCCACAAAGCUAAAAGAGCGAGCGGAAAGCAAGGAGCUUGACCAGUACACCUUUGUGGCCUGGAAAGUGAAGGAUGAGAAAGGAGGGAAGAAGGAGGCUAAAACUUCCCCUCCCUCCACUGGUCCUGUUCGUCCAUCCACGUUACCCUUGCAGCCUGCUGAUUCUGCGCCUGAGAGAAACGGCGUAGGGGAGGGUGCCGGAGUGGUAAGCCUGCAGCGCCGUACUGGAGCGAUAAAGGAGAAGCCAGAGAAGUGGAGAGGCAGGAAGAGUGAUGGAGACCACUCUGAAAACAGCCCUCCUCCACCUCACAACAGAGAAGAAAGGAGGAAAAAACAACCACUGAGUGAAACACCCUCCUCAUCAGUUGACGGUUUAUCUCCAGGCUCUGAGGGCGCUGGUGCUUUUUCACCCAAAGAGAUGAUUUCCCACCCAGAAAGUCAUGCUGAGGCCUCCAAGGCAAGCUCCAUCCGAAGAAGACACCAAGAUGGCUCCGGUCACCAAGACUCCCACGCCAUCCCAUCCACACCAGACAAGUCAGGUGGUUUCUUCAGCAAGAUUUUGAAAAAACGACCGCACAAGGAGGCCCAGACUCCAGACAACGGCGAGCUGACAUUUGCUCAGAUUCCCAAUGAAAAGUCAACAGGAGGGGAAGCCCCAACGUCCGGACAUCCGUCCCGACCUCUCUCCCAGCCCCAUGGGGAACGUGCUGGAAAAGGCUUAAGCCGCAACCCCACCAUAAAAAUCAGUCGCGCCACACGGGUCUCCGAGCAGUGGAAUGCCUCGCUGGAUCGGGAGAUCACCAACGCCAAUGAGCUGCGGCACCUCGAUGAGUUUCUGGGCAACCAGGUCAAUGAUUUCCGCUCGAGGGGGAAGUCACUGUCAGAUGCAGAGGGCAUCUUUGUAUCAGCCACCAUGCAGUUCAGAGACACUAUCAAAGCCAUGUAUUCUCUACCAAAACCCAUGAUUGGCUACAAAGGUCUGAUGACAGGCUACCAGAACCAGGUGAUCCACUUAGCGGGAGACAAACAGAAAGGAGAAGUCCAACUGGUGGUCAACCUGUUCCAGUCGGUGCUGGAUGGCUUCAUCAGAGGAGAGAUGAAGAAGGCGGAGGCUGAGCCUGCAAAGCCUGCUAAAGCAAGAAAGAAGAGGCGGAAAAAAGAUAAAAGUAUGGAGAGCCCCCUGGAUCAUGUUUUCGUCAACUAUCAGGUCAACAUUAUGCAGUCAUGUGACCAGUGUAUGUCUUACAUCUGGGGCAUGGAGAAGGCCUACAUGUGCAGCUAUUGUAAAAUGGUGUGCCACAAGAAGUGCCUCAGCAAGAUAGUGACUGACUGCUCCACCUUCUGUGCCAAAAAGAGUGAUGAGGAGUCUGGCGGUCAGCACUUCGGGGUGCGUUUGUGUCACCUGGUCAGCGAAAAGAAUCCAGUACCCAUGGUGCUGGAGAUGAUGCUGGAGCAUGUGGAGAUGCAUGGCCUCUACACCGAGGGCAUCUACCGCAAGUCUGGCUCAGCCAACCGCAUGAAAGAGCUGCACCAGCGACUAGAGACCGACCCACACCUCGUCUGCCUCGAAGACUAUCCCAUCCACACAGUGACGGGCCUGGUUAAACAGUGGUUGAGGGAGCUGCCAGAUCCGCUCAUGACCUUCACACAUUACAAUGAUUUCCUGCAUGCAGUGGAACUGCCGGAGAAGCUGGAGCAGCUUCAAGCCAUCUACAAAGUGCUGGAGGAGCUUCCAACAGCAAACUUCAACACAUUGGAGAGACUCGUCUUCCACCUCGUCAGGGUGUGUAAAAACGAGAGUGACAACCGCAUGUCUUCUAACUCGUUGGCCAUAGUGUUUGCCCCGUGUAUCCUACGCUGCCCAGACAGCGCAGACCCCCUGCUCAGCAUGAAGGAUGUCGCCAAGACCACCACGUGUGUGGAGAUGCUCAUCAACGAGCAGAUCAGACGCUACAAUGAGAAGAUGGAGGAGAUCGAGCAGCUGGAGUACGCAGAGGCUCUGGCUGUAAACCAGCUCAAGCUCAAGAGACAGAACACGCACUGCUGGCAUUUACCUCUCAGGUUCUCAGCUCCUUACAAAGGAGUGGUGGUGCACGAGAAGGUCAGCUCUGAUCUCAGCGUGGUCCCUGAGAACGAGCCUCUGGACUCAGACACAGAGGCGGAGAAGAACCUGGUGGAACGCAUCAAGUCCAUCAAACAGGAGAAAGAGGAUCUUGCCUGUCGACUGCCAGAGAUGGAGCAGCCUGGUUCAGACCAGGAAAACUUGGACUCCGAAGCCUCGCUGAGCUCUGAGAGUCUCUUGGACGAGCAGCUGCGCUCCUCUGCACACAGCUCAGAGCCUGAAGGACGAGGUGGCCCUCAGAUGAGGAGAUACAGGCCAGUUUGCCCACCCAAACCAUCAGACCUGGCUCAGCGACCUAAAGUCCCCGGUGGACGCGUCUCUCUGCCAAACCUCACCCCUGCUAGCUCCACCUCUUCUUUGUCCAGCUGUGCUUCUUCGACCUCCGAAUCCUCCUACAGGCAUCCGCUGCAGCGUCGCAACCCUGUCAUCCCAAGCACAGUUAAACUCCCCCCAGGCAUCCUCUCAAAGCCUGUAGCCUUGGGUCCAGCUCAGGCUUACACCCCUCCUGGAAAUCGAGCCUUUAAAUCCUUGAUCAGGAGAAGAGAGCAGCCCGGCCGCCGCAAAGACAGCACCCAGUCCCUGUACAUCGACAGCUCCGAGUGCGACCUGCUGUUGCGUUUUUCCUCCUGCCCUCCCUCCGCUUCCUCGUCCACUUCCUCCAUCUCCAUGGUUACACCCCCCCCUCAGCACCAGCGCCACAUGACACAAGCCCCGAAGGGCCAGAGACGUUUUUCUGACCCAGACAUACCUUAUAUAGACGAUGACGCCUGACGGGAACAGAACAGAAAACAUGGAGAAGAGAAAAGGAUUAUGGGCAACAACAUGUGAGCAGACAGAUGGAAAAAAAAGUAUAAAUGGCAUACAGAGUUGCCAAGAAAGACAAUUAUUGACCUUUUGAAAGCCAGAACAGGAUAAAAAAUCAAGAGAACUGAGUGGAAAUAAGAGAACGUGAGAGGAGCCACAGUGGAUCUACAGAGUUGAACGUGGUUGUUGCUGUUGCCAGUGGAAACUAAUCAAGGAACUGCAAAUGUUUCUUAAGUCUUGUUGUCUUGUGUGACAGUAAAGAUAAGUGGACAAGAUGUUGCCAAGCACCUUUUCUAUCAUUUUAAUAUAUUGAGGUCAUUGUUGAUAAAUCCAGUCACGACAAAGGCCGUAUUUUCUGUAGCCUCAUAAUAAUGGACCAGCAAAUUUGUUUUCUUUCGCCUGUUUUUUUUUUUUUAAACCACAUUUGUGCUAAUUCAAGGAAAUAUUGCAGGUUCCAGUCGCACUUUUCCAUUUCUUAGUUGUCCUAAUGAAUAAAUGAAACCCACAUGCUCACUGAAAUGAAUUAGCUCGUGCCUUGAUAAUGUACAGAAAGUUGAAAGAAACUCAUUUUUUAUGUCAUUGUUUGAUGCUUACAGGGAGGGGUGGUUUUUCAGGAUGA